UUCUUUUACUGAUAUACUGAUUUCAGUCUCAACUACAGCUGUUGCACGAAGGAGGAAGAUUAAAGAAGCUUCUGCCCCAAAAGAGUCUGAGACAUCUAAAAGCGACAAACCAAACGAAAGUGAUUCGAUCGUCACGGAUAAGAAGCCCACGAGCUCGAAACCCCCAACGGGUUCGAAGCGUAAAGCUUCUUCGACCAAUGCCUCAGAUGGUGAAGACAAAUCUCCUCCUCAAACUAGACAAGGACAGAAAAAGAAACACAAAGCUGUUACCCCUUCAAGAAAAGGGAAAAAGGCAAGUCCUUCAAAAGCUGCUUCUCCUGGCAAUAAGGCGUCUUCUGAAGAGUCUCCUUUGAAGACUGCCAGCAAUGCUCUUGUUUUGGAAAGUCAUAACUCAAGCCCAGACAAUAAUCCACCCAAGGAUGAUGCUGGCACUGCUACUUCUGGUUUCAAAGACCCUGGCCUCACCAUUGAUGUUGAUAAACUUUAUGGUAAUUGUUAAAUUUCAACUUUCGUCAAUUAAAACUUUCGAAGGCUUAACCUCACGAUUAACUUGGCUUCGUUCGAAACAGAUACUUCUCAAGCUAGAACCCAUGUUCUCUCACCAGUCUUCGAAGACGUUAGGCCAAUUGCCACUAUAUUGCCUAAUGAGCCAAUCGAAGAAAGCCAAUCUACUGACGAAUCCCCACCUACUCACCAAGGCAAAGAUUUGGAAGAGGAUCAUCCAUUCUCCGGCAGCGACAAUGUGAACCAGCAAUCACAUGGCAACGAAGAUUCUGCAUCGGAGAAAGAUGCCAUGGAGGAGAUUUCUCAACCAGAAAAACCAAUUUCUCAAGGAACUUCGACUCCCGAUGUAAAAACUAUUCCUGAGACAACUUCGACGCCUGCUCCUACGAAGCCUACUCCUUCGGAGCUUGAACAACUUAAACAAACUGAUCCUCUUGGGUUCCUAAGGGCUAUCAUGAAUGUGAAUACUUCUUCACUUUCGGAGCCUGAUGUCUCUCCAGCUGUAACUGCAGAUUCUAGUGACAAGGAAGAUACUCCUAAUCUUCUUCGACAGAUAAAAGAGAGAUUCUUUGGGGUCAAUCUUGUAGAUGUUCUCAACCGGGACCCUGUUAAAAGCUACAACUUAAAUCAACUUUUAAAGAAAGUAGAUUUGCUUCAAGUUUCCCCAGAAGUCUCAGAGAUGAUUGUUCUGCUAGGCUCUCUCCUUGAACAACUCCAAGCUGACAUUCUUCGAAAGCAAAACGUCGAGAAAGAAUUAUCUAAGAUAGUGGCCUCUCAUGACUCUUCAUGGAAUUCUGCUGUGGAAGCCACAAAACAAGGUGAAGCCCUCAAGCUUAAACAUUCGGCGAAUCAAAAAGCCAUUGAUGAAUAUGAGAAGAAAAUAAGCUCCUGGAAACAAGAAAUAAAAAUGCUCGAGGGCAAGAUAAAGGAAGCUGAAAGUAGCCAAGCAGCCCUCCAAGAAUCUAACCAACAAGAUUUGCUCGAAGUGGUGCAGUCAGGAAUCAAACAUUUCGAGACUGCACAGAAGUUAGUGCCAGAGAUCGAAAAGUUGAAGAAACAAAGGGCACUAAUUGAACUUCGAAUGUCCUCAUGGGAAACUCAAUAUCUGAAGAUCAAAAGGGAUCUCCCUGAGGACUUUAGCUAGAUGUCUUCAAUCUUGUUUCAUUUGUUGGAUUUUUAUUUUGUAAUCGAGACAUAUAAUAUUUGUACGCCUGACUCCCAUUUCUAUCUAUAAUAUUUGCUUGCAUUAAUUUUAACAAAUCUUUCAAUUUUCUGCCAAAUAUAUCUUUAGAUUUCCUACAGUGCUUUUAUUAAAUACAACAUGUAGAACCUGAACAUCCUUCGCAGCACUCUUGCCUCUAGACUUGACGUUUCCACUUCUUCUAGCCAUAAUCAUUAUUAAA